CAUACGGACAGAUGCGUGACAAAAUUUUAGUAUAAAAGCCGGGUUUUAAUGCUAUUAUUUGCCAUAAUUAUACAAAAAUAGCCACAAUGAUUGCUAAAUAUUUGUUAGGAUUAUUCUUAUGUUUGCUAGUCACAGAAAAUAUAGGUAGCACGGCUGCUUUUAAACUUAUUCCGAUGAAUAUGAACAUCAGAGACAUUUUUUAUGAAGAUAUCGAUGAGAUAUUCUCCGAGGAAAUAUCUGAAGAGAUCUCUUAUGACAUUAGCGAGGAAAUUACUUACGACUACACUGAUGACUUGAUCAGAAGAAUGAUCAGCGGGAUGAUUUAUGAACAAUCCACAACAGAUUCAUAUAAAAAUAUCAAGUCGGAGACGAUCAAAGGGACAACAGAGGACUCCUCUAAAAAGGUUAAGGGCGUUGUCUCCGGAGAAACUGCAGAAGAUUCCUCCGGUAAGUCCAGGGAGGAUAUUGCACAACAUUCUCUGGGAAAAACCAACAAGGCUGUCUCGGGAGAAACCGCAGAGAACAUAUCCGGUAAGAGCAAGGAGGUUGUUUCCGGAAAAUCCACAAAGGACACCAAAGGUUCCACUAAAGUCAAGAGAGGUGUCUCUGGGGAGACCGAGGAGGUUUCCUCCGGAAUGGUCAGGCAAGCUGUCUCUGGAGAAACCGCAGAGAACAUAUCCGAUAAGAGCAAGGAGGUUGUCUCCGGAAAAUCCACAAAGGACACCAAAGGUUCCACUAAAGUCAAGAGAGGUGUCUCUGGGGAGACCGAGGAGGUUUCCUCCGGAAUGGUCAGGCAAGCUGUCUCUGGAGAAACCGCAGAGGAUACCAUGAAGACUAUGAUGAAUUUCUCUGGAGAGACAGAAGAACUCUUCCGGAAAAUCUAAAGAAUCUUUCUCUGGGGAGAUCUCAGAAGAUAAAUAUUAAAAGCAUCUCCGGAUCUCAGAAGACAGCUCUUCAAUAAAACUAACUAGGGCUAUUAAUAAAUGUAACCCGAAAAUAUUAUAAA